CUGGACGAUGAAGAUAGGCUCAGUACGUUGACUGAUGAUAUUUUGUUGUCUAUCUUGGGGAGAGUCAGUUUACGUGUGGCAGUAAGGACAUGCGUGCUCUCUACACGGUGGAGGCAUCUUCCUUGGUUGCUCCCUGAACUCAGCAUGGAUGUCGAGGAUUUCCUAUCUGCUCCAUGCACUGAAACUAUUGAGGCAAAUGAUAUGGAGAAAGCUAUGGUGUCUUUGACCAAAGCAACCAGGAGUUUCUUGACUGAUCAGCAGAGAGGAUCCACUAUCUCAAGUCUGCACCUUAAGCUCUACUUGAUCAACACUUUCUUGUGUGAACUUGGCCUACUGGUAGGUGAUGCAAUUGAAAGCGGUUUCUUGAAAGAUUUGGAUCUCACUAUUCUUGAUGCGACAGAUCCUCUUGACUGUAGUGUGGAGGAUAUGCUACAGCGAGUCGAAGAAAUAGAUGGUUUUUUCUGUGCCUACCCUAGUGUUCUCCAUUGCCUCACAAGACUCUCUCUAGACAAUUUAGGCUUCAUCAAAGUGGAUAUGCAUCACAUCCUGUUUGACUGCUGCAAGCAACUGAAGUAUCUAAGCCUCUGUCAGUGUGAUACUGGUCUUGGAUCUUGGUUUAAGAUUGAUGCACCAGACUCAAAACUCAUUGUUCUAGAACUCACCAAGUGUCGUUUUGAGAGACUUGAGGUGGUCUGCCUUCCGAAGUUGGAGAAGCUCAGUUGGGAUACUUGGGUAUCUCGGUCUGUCCCCUUAGCUUUCGGUUUUGUCCCGUCUCUUGGGCAACUAGAACUCUCAUGUGGUGCGAUAUGUGACCAACGUGAAUUUAAAUUAAGUGAGCUACUGCACGGAACCACAAGCAUACAUACUCUCACAUUGGAUUUCCAAGGAGAAAAGCUUUGGAUGCAACCUGAAAUGGGCCAACUCCGCACUGCUUUCAAGAAGCUAAGGAAGCUGUAUGUGCGCGGUAUCUUUGUUGAAUUUGACAUUUUGUGGAUAACGGCCUUUCUUGUGGCGGCACCAUCUAUCGAGAUGUUACAUGUUGAGGUAUGGGAACAUCCAUGUGAUGUGGACGACGAGAUCAGACAGCAGGCCUUCUUUGACAGAAAGGCUCCUCAGUGGAAGAUGGAUUUCGAUGGCUCCAAAAACUGGCUUUUGAAACAGCUGGAAUUCAUUGGCUUUAGGUCACUAGAACAUCAGUUUACAUUUAUAAGAUCCAUGCUGGAGAGAUCUCCCAAUCUACACAGUAUAAUUUUGAAAGGAGAUGAGCAAUGUGACUCCUGUGACGCCCUUGGUAUACCAUCAAAGUUCCCAAAGAAAAAUGACCAAGAAAUGGUCGUUAGCCGAAUUAGAGAGGGCAUGUUCCUGCCACAAAUAAUUUUUAAUGAAAGGGGUGUUUGGUGAAUUAGAGUGCAACACUCUGUGCUCUCUGUUUGUGUUGAAUACCUUGUUAUUGUGGGAUUUUAGGAGGUGUGGUGGUUAUCUCAUG